AUGGAUAUACGACGAUCAUUAUUCAAGCUUUUACUUUUCCAAGUGUUAAUAGUCUGUUGUACGGCGAAAAACGUACCCGAAGACAUGCUGAGAGCACAAGUCGUGGGUGACGUAGAAGACAGUAUUCAGGAUGGCAUAAGAAACCUCAUACACUCCGGUAUCUACUCCCACAAACACCUGGAUACAUCAGCUGUGGAGGUGGUGACCCCGGUAAAAGUGAGCCAGGAUGGUGAGCUGGUCUCCCAUAUCCUUGAUCACUCACAUGCGCACGGGCACCCUCGCGCACGACGCGACCUUCAGGGCUUGGACCAUAACCUACCACAUGCGGUGCAUUACAACCUUACACUUGGUGGACGGCAACUGAGGCUGGACCUUAGGCCAUCAGUAGCAUUUAUCGCACCAGCGAUGAUCGUCGAGCGGCAUAGCACCCGCGAGCGCACAAGAUCGCCGCCAAACGAAUUGUCAACCUCCUGCCACUACACAGGCUCCAUACGGGGACAACCAUCCUCGAAGAUCGCUAUCUCUGCUUGCGAUGGACUUGCGGGUCAUUUGCGAACUGAACAAGGAGAAUAUUGGAUCGAACCAUCAAAUCAAAUUCCCACCGAUAUUUCUAAGGGACGACCCCAUAUUAUCUUUAAGAGAUCAGCCGUUGACAAAGUUGAAUCAUUUUAUAGAAAAAAGAGAGAAGUUGGUGGUAGAAGUUUUAGUAAUAAUGUGGGACAACAAUACGAAAAUAAGAGAUACUCUAACCCAAAACGAAGCCACAAAGAGGCUAUGGACGCACGACGAAGAGCGUACUUAGAAGAUAGACGGCGAAAAUUGGAAGCGUUGCGACGAGACCCUUUGGCGUAUAGAAGACAGCAAGCUAGAAAAGCAGAACAAAGAAGACUACAGCCCCUCUCCAAGAGCAUAUCUGCUGAAGAUAGUAUGUCAAGAGAACUUUACAAGAACAAAACCCAUAACAAACAGAGAAUUGAACAAACACCGCGAAGGAUUCGUCCAAGACGACGUAGACGAAGAUCAAAAAAUUGCGCAACCAAGCAACCUCGGUAUCAAUGGGAAACUAAAAAUCAGCGGAGUGGCAAGCACGAAGAAUCCAAAAACUCAAGAUCUGGCAAGAAACAUCAUACCACCCACCAUCAAUCACGUAAUCGAUGGGGUUUAAACCAAACCAGGCGGAAAACACGGUCUGUUAGCAAACCACGGCACGUAGAGGUUCUACUAGUAGGCGACAAUUCCAUGAGUGAAUUUCACGAGCAGGGAAGCUUGGAAACGUACCUCCUUACUAUAAUGAAUAUGGUAUCCUCUCUAUACAUGGAUCCAUCAAUCGGCAACUACAUAAAGGUCGUUGUUGUUAGAAUUACACUCUUAAAAGAACUGCACCCUACACCAGACUUGGAAGUAACAACAAACGCUGAUGCCACACUCAAUUCGUUCUGCCGUUGGCAACAUCAGACCAACCCAAAUGAUGAUAAGGACCCUCAUCACCACGAUGUUGCUAUUUUGGUGACUAGACAAGACAUAUGCAGUCAACAUGAUUCACCUUGUAGUACUCUAGGCGUGGCCCAUGUGGCGGGCAUGUGCAAGCCAGACCGGAGCUGUUCUGUCAACGAAGACAACGGCAUAAUGCUCGCUCACACCAUCACACACGAGUUGGGACAUAAUUUUGGUUUAUACCACGAUACUGAAAAAAUAGGCUGUCACCGACGUGAUGGCUCCACAUUGCACAUAAUGACACCUAUAUUCGAAGCUGACACCGUGCAAGUAGCCUGGUCAAGAUGCAGCAAACGAGAUGUUACCAACUUUUUAGACGCUGGACUAGGUGAAUGCCUAAGUGACAGACCAACAGAUGAAGAACCCUACGUGUAUCCAGAGGUCCCAGCUGGAGUCAUGUUUGAUGCUGCAUCCCAGUGCCAUUUACAAUUCGGUGCAGAGGCAGUCGUUUGUGCGAAGCCCUCGGAACUUUGUGAACAUCUGUGGUGUCUGGUGAAUAACACGUGCAAGACAAUGUUGCGACCAGCCGCACCCGGUACCCCAUGUGGAGAAAAUAUGUGGUGUCAAAAUCAAACGUGUGUGGCGAAAACACCAUCGCCUGCCCCCCGUGAUGGUGGCUGGGGCCCGUGGAGUGAAUGGAGCGAGUGUUCACGCACUUGCGGCGCAGGUGUCUCCACCCAAUACAGAGAGUGUAAUAAUCCCAAGCCAUACAAUCAUGGGAACUACUGCAUCGGUGCUCGAAGUCGGUACCAAGUGUGUAAUACAGAUCCAUGCCCGUUAAAUGAGCCCUCGUUUAGGGAGGUGCAAUGCGCGAGAUACAACAAUAUGACAUACAAUAAUGAAACCAUCUCUAAAUGGAUACCAUAUAUCGACCAAGAUAAGCCGUGCGAUCUUCAGUGCGUCCCCAGGGAUAAAAAUGAUGUGGAGAUGGUGGGUGGCUUUGUUAUUGACGGCACGCCGUGUCGCCAGUCUAUUGGAUCUAGAGACAUGUGCAUAUCUGGUGUCUGUUACAAAGUUGGUUGCGACUGGAUAGUUGAUUCUGACGUGGAAGAAGACGAGUGCGGUAUUUGUGGAGGAGAUGGGUCUGCUUGUAAGACCGUACAAGGUAUUUACAAUAAGGACACUGUAAGGCGAACUGGAUUUAGUGAGGUCGCUGUUAUACCGGCCGGAUCGAGAAAUGUAAAGAUUCAAGAGAAAGUUAGCCCUGGAAAUUUUAUUUCGAUUGCCAGUGCGAAGUCCAGUAAAAUUUACUUGAAUGGAGCUCGAAAUACUACACUGACGGAGUACUUCGUAGCGGGAGCCCCAGCGGUAUACGAGAGAGAUCGUGACUGGGAAAAAGUACGAAUAAGUGGUCCCUUGGCCGAAGAUAUUAAAGUUUAUCAACGUAUAUUCCGCGGUCGUCACCGUAAUCCCGGCGUGACCUACCAAUAUGUCGUGGAUCAGCCCAAACGAAAAUUCCAGUACCGUAUCUCUGACUGGACCGCUUGUUCCGUCACUUGUGGCGUUGGGCGCAUGCACAGGCAUUACCAAUGCUUCGAUGACCAUAAUCGACAAGUGGAUUUAUCCCAGUGCUACCACAUCGAACAGCCGCGUCAUGAGGCGCUAAUGCAGCAGUGCAGACAGACAGACUGCACGCACUGGUGGGUCGGACCUUGGAAGACAUGUCAGCCAUGUCAUAUGCCGGGUGAGGAGGCCACUAAGCAAAGAAACGUACACUGCGUGAACAAAGUAUCGAAUAACGUCGUAAGUGAUUCCGAAUGCGACCCCACAACAAAGCCGAUACAUUCAAUACGCUGUGCAGACGUGCCAGCUUGUUAA